GCCUAAAUGCCUUAUUCAGCACUUCGCCCAAGCAAAAGUCAUUUCUGCAGCGGAUUGGAGCAACCAGCAAAUGUUGGCGCCUGUCUAUUCUGAACACCACAUCUCUCCGCGUGCUGAGUCGCUAUCCUUAAGACCCAUCAAAUCCUGCUAGCGGAUAAGGGGCGGGGAAGAUACUGUCGCCCUAAUCUCUGGAGAGACAGCGCUUCGUGUGCAGGAGCCAUGACAGACAAGCUUCCGCCAAACCUCCUCGCGCUCUUCGCGCCUCGUCCUCCCCUGCGCUAUAUACCUCCUGCUGAUCGCGCCCCAGAUGACAUAGAACCAAGCAAGAUCGGUGGAGUGGCACAGUUCGUCGAUGAGCUACAGAAAUAUGGCGAAGAGGUGCCCUACAAUGCCACUGAGAGCUGGCUUCAGCGGAAGGCGAGGCUGAAAGAGGAGAAGAAAGCAAAGCUUGAGAAACAUCUUACUGAGGGUCUUAAGGAGUAUAAUCCCAAUAAUGACCCUCAAGUCCGAGGUGAUGCUUUUAAGACGCUGUUCGUGUCGCGGCUUAGCUACGAUGUGACAGAAGCUGAUUUGGAACGGGAGUUUGGCCGUUUCGGUCCGAUCGAACGGAUUCGAAUUGUCGUAGAUACUCACAAUCCAAAGAAGAACCCUAAGAAACCACACAGAGGCUAUGCUUUUAUCGUCUAUGAGCGUGAGCAGGAUAUGAAGGCGGCCUACAAAGAGACAGAUGGUAUCCGUAUCAAAGACCGCCGCGUAUUAGUCGAUGUUGAGCGCGGUCGUACGGUGAAAGGCUGGAAGCCACGCCGGUUUGGUGGUGGUCUAGGUGGGAGAGGAUAUACCAAAUCCAUGCCCGCCCGUCCAAUGGGUCCAGGUGGCUUCGCGCCCUCCGGUCCAGGUGGGUUCCGCGGCGGUGGCUUUGGCGGGAGAGGUGGGUUCCGUGGUGGGUUCCGUGGUGACCGUGGAUUUGGUGGACGAGGUGGUAUUGGAUACCAGGGCGGGCCAGGUGGCCGCAGCGCAUUUGGCGCCUCUAAUGGAGUUGGUGGCCAGGCACCGCCAAAUGCGCCUUCAGGUCCAGGCGGGGGACGCAGUGGAGGCUAUGGAGGUGGUGCAAAUGGGCAUGAUGGCAUGGGUGGGUAUGGUGAUUCUAGACGAGGUGGUGCCUAUGAUGAUAGAGCAGGACAUCGUGGAGGUGGUAGGCAUGAACGAGAAGCUCGCGGUAUAACUGGAAGCAAUCGUGAGCCGGUAAGACCCCGUGAUGGAUUUGGGGACCGUGACCGUGACCGUGAUCGUGACAGGGACCGGGACCGGGACCGGGGUGGAGACCGUGGUAGGGGGGGAGAUAGGGACAGAGACCGUGAUUACCGAGACAGAGACCGCGAUCGCGAUCGGGAUAGAGAUAGGUAUGGGCGACGGGAUGAUGAGUAUUCGCGAAAACGAUAUCACGAAGGCGACGCUUACGAUGACCCCCGGAGCAAAAGGAGAUACUGAACACCCUAUCUUCUCAUUCUACAACGACGGUUUGUUGGUGGGUAUCUUCAGUUCUUCGAUUUUCUCUUUGACCCAAUUUCGUCCGUCCAGGGUAAGGUGGAGGUAUUCGCGAAAACAACCAUUUAUCCGUUGGUCUGGUAUUGUUAUAAAAUCUUCCACUAUCCAAGAUGACGACCACGCCGAUUGCGAUCCCUGCACGCCCGCAACUCUUUUCAUAGAAUAUUUUAUUUUCUCGCCAUCAAUCGAUCCGUAGCCAUACCCCCCCACUAGGUCAUAUUUUGUCGGCUCGAUUGGAUGGCUUUGUAUGAUUUCUUAUAUUUCUCCUUUUUUCCCCGUACCUAAGUGGCACCGGGCCUUUCCUUUUCCCGAUUUCCUUUGUUUGUUUCGCUCCUUGUUGUAUUUAUUGGUGGGUAAGUAUGUAUUUUAGGAGAGCUGUUUGGGAAUGAAUACAGAAGAAAGAAAGAAACGAGGGAUGAAUGAGGGUGAAAGAGAAAGAAAUGGUGCUACUAAAGGAAGUUCGAGGUAAGAUCGGGUAAGGCUAUUUGGCUAGUCCAAAUAUUCUUCGCAUUGAUCUUUCGCAAGUUGUGCGAAUAGCUCUGUUUGCUUAUGGUUGUGCUUAUAUUCUUUUGUCUGUCUUGAUAUCUACGGUUUUUAUUUUGCGUUGACUGGUACUCACAUUGAACAUUUCUCAUGAUAGGUAAUUUGGGACUCAUAGUAGAGCAAGAAGGCUGUCAUCAUGGUUUAUUUUUAUAUAGGGAAAUUCUUUUUCGCAUCUUGAAUUCUUCGCACUUCCCAAGAAUGGCAUCCCCAAAGUCAGUAAUCCCAUAGAAAGCAGGCGAGAGGAAAUGCAAAGAAGUAAAAGUAAGAUUAAGAAAGAACAAAAACGAAAAUCACAAACGCCUUUACUCAAACUCCAUGAUCAUGCCACUUCAGAUUCCCAUUUCUAUCCUCCACAAUAUUAACAACCCCUCGACCCCCAGCCAGGAAAAAAAAUAAAAUUCAACCCGUCAACCGUUAACCGUUAACCGUCAAGCUCAAUCCGCCAUAUCCUGAUCCUUCUCCAAAAUAACAACAGACCCAUCCUGCCGAUUCCACUGUGCCUUCAUCUCGACCCUAAACUCCGCAACCGCCACUCCAAAGAUCUUCAACAACGUCGUCUGUCUCGAAUCCAACGUAUCCCCAGCCUUACACACCUGAUACCCAUCCCCAUCCAUCUCCAACACAACCUUACCCGCAAUCAACCUCGUCGGCACACCUAGCUUGCGUAGCGUCGGCUCAAUCGUGUGGCUGAGCGGCUCGUCCAGGUUGCUGGGCACCUCGCCCGCAUGUGAAUAUACGAUGCCGCUGGGGAUUGUGAAGGAGCGGGGCGUGACGGUGCCGGCGCGCGCGAAGUCGGUGGGGUGGAAUGAGUCGAAGAAAUCGAGGACUGAUUGGGGAGAGCGGGAGGUGAAGAGGAGGCCGACGGCGCCGGUUAGGUAGGGGGAUAGUUUUUCGAGAUUGGGGGCACAGGCGGUCUCGGGGGUGUUGCCGAGGGCGACGGCCAUUACUUUUGUUUUUCCGAAGAAGAGGCUGGGGGGUUGUUAGAUAUACAUGCACACAUAUAUAUUUGUCUUAGGUCGAGUAAGGGGAUAGGAUAUUACUACAUACCGGGAAUCAGAAAACUCAGUCCUCACGUCUUUUAAAUAUGUAUUCCGCAUGUUAUCCACCGAGAAUAAGAAGAUAUGAUCGUAUUGAGUGACGGCCGUUUGAAUAUUAGCGAACAACCGUCUAGUCUGCUCCUUGUGAGACUUUUUGGCGACUUUGGACUCAUGGACCAACCGCGCCCGCUUGGAGAUAGGCAUGAUGUGCGAGUAUGUGUUUUUGUGUGUGCGUAUGCGUGUGCGUGUGCAGGUGUACUCGUGAAGCUGUCGCGCCUUGGCUUAUGGGAAAUCGAGAGACUGAAGAACCAGAUGAACGGAUAUAUAUAUAUAUAUAUUAUUCCCUCUCCUCUCUAGUAAUUUUUUCU